GCUCCAGCUGUAUACUCUCUCCGGAAGACUUCUGUCACUGCCAUUAAAGUUUGUAGCCGACCUUGUUGCUCUUCUUCUCCCCCUCACUGCCAUUAAGUAUCUGUUGAACACACUUCCCCUUUCCAUUCCCAAAUUGCAGCGGGGAUGGACCGGAGUAUGAGUGAAAACAAGUUAUGCCCAUUCUCUCUUCUCUUCCUUUUCUUGAUUUCCUCCGCUUCAGGCUGCGAUAGGUGCGUGCAUCAGUCCAAAGUAGCUUACUACUCCUCUGCUUCCGCCGUCGCAGAUGGAGCUUGUGGAUACGGAUCCAUGGCUGCGGGCUUCAAUGGAGGCUAUGUGGCGGCAGGGAGUCCCCGCGUUCACAGAGGGGGCGUGGGGUGCGGAGCUUGUUUCCAGAUGAGAUGCAAGAACGCGAACAUCUGUAGCAGAGGAGGAGUGAAGGUGACAUUGACAGACCUCAACAAGAGCAACAGCACAGAUUUCGUCCUCAGUGGCCCCGCUUUCAUGGCCAUGGCGAGGAAUGGCAUGGCGCGAGAACUCAACAAGCUCGGCAUUCUCGACGUGGAAUACAAGAGGAUUCCUUGCGACUACGAGAGCAAGAAUCUAUCGAUCAGAGUGGAAGAGAACAGCAGGAGGCCAAGCUACUUGGCCGUCAAGUUCGUGUACCAGGGAGGCCAAACUGACAUAGUAGGAGUCGAUGUAGCCCGGGUCGGUGCGUCGAAUUGGCAGUUCAUGAAGCGGGAUUAUGGUCCGGUGUGGAGCACGAGCCGCGCGCCGGCUGGGCCGCUGCAGUUUCGGAUGGUCGUGACCGCCGGCUACGACGGCAAAUGGGUUUGGGCGCGGACCGCAGUCCUGCCGAGUGACUGGAACGCCGGUUCGGUCUACGAUUUGGGGGUUCAGAUCGACGACGUCGCCCAGGAAGGGUGUGACCCUUGCGACACACGAGACUGGAAAUGACGUCAGCACACUUUUUUUUUUUUAAUGUAUCUUUUCUCCUUGUUUUAAGGCAAGAGUCUUGUAAUGUAUUUGUUUUUUAUGCCAUGAUUAAAAAACAAAAAACAUCAUCCAAGAUUUAAUGCAAGGAAAUCUGGAUAGAAAAUGACUCCUGUCUGGGCCAGGUCAGCAGUCUGUUUGAGUUUAGUUGGACAAAUUGUCUUAAUUUAAGUAUGAUUGAGAUUGAUUAA